CUCAACUUCGACCUUUGACAUAUAGACCUUGAAAACCUACGAUGUCUUCAACCUCAUCUCAAUCCUCACAUCUCCUCCCUCAUCGUUCCACAUCUCUAAUUUCUCCAUUUUCUUCAAGCUUUUUGAUAGUUUUGUUCUUGAGAAAUUCGAGCGAAGAGGCGCUUCGGUCGGAGUAGUUGGUCUUCGUGUUUUGAUGGCGCCAAGUACCAUCCGAAAGGCGAUCGGGGCCGUCAAGGACCAGACGAGCAUCGGCUUAGCCAAGGUCUCGAACAACUUGGCGGUGCAGCUCGAGAUCCUGGUGGUGAAGGCCACCAGCCACGACGAGGACCCCGCCGACGAGAGGCACAUCAGGGAGAUCCUCGCCUUCACUGCGCACUCCAAAGCAUACCUCGACACCUGCCUCGUCUUGAUCUCGAGGCGGCUGAGCAAGACUCGCGAUUGGAUGGUGGCCCUCAAGGCUCUCCUGCUCAUACACCGGAUAGUGGUCGACGGCCAUCCCAGUUUUGAAGACGAGAUUGUCUUCGCUUCUCGCCGGGGGAUGCGGCUGCUCAACAUGUCGCACUUCCGGGACGAGGCACACUCGAAUUCAGGAGACCAUUCGGGCUUCGUGAGGUUCUACGCGAUGUAUCUCGAGGAGAAGGUCGAGUUUUCGGUGUUUGAGAAGAGACAGGACGGUGGCGAUGUUGGCGCUGAGGGUAAAUAUGAAGAGGGACAUGAAUUUGAUACAGACAAAAGGUUAAGUUCUGCGAAGCAAGAGAUCAAAUCGAUCAAAGAAAUGAGGCCCGAGAGAGUGUCGGCCAGGUUGUAUCACCAACUGAGAAUUCUCGACCGGGUUUUGGCUUGCAGGCCGGCUGGAGCGGCCAAGACUAGUCGGUUGGUGCUCAUGGCGCUCUACCUGGUGUUGAAGGAGAGCUUCGGGCUGUACGGCGAGAUCAGUGAGGCCUUGGAGGUGUUGCAAGAGCGGUUUGCCCAGAUGGAAUAUGGAGAAUGCCUCAAGGCUUUCAAUACUUAUGUCGGCGCAGCGAAGCUGAUCGAUGAGCUCGUGGGGCACUACAAUUGGUGCAGGGACGCGGGGAUCGCCCGGAUGUCCGAGUUUCCUGAAGUGCAGAGAGUUACUGAUGAAAUCCUGGGAACUCUUGAAGGGCAGCUGAAGGAGACGAAACAGAAUGGGCCGAACGAGAAUAGCCCCGAGAGAAUUGGGGGAACGAAUAUUGAUCCGCUGGUCGAGGAGCGGUCCGAACCCAACAUGAACGAGAUAAGAGCGCUUCCUGCUCCGGAGAAUCACAUGGGCGUGGCGCCUCUGGUCGAGCCACAACCCGAGCCACAGCCUCAGCAUGUCGCAGAACUGAUUGAUCUAAGAGAUGAUGGCGUUUCAGCCGAUGAACAGGGCAACAAGUUGGCUGUGGCCUUGUUCUUGGGCGCACCAAUGCAAGCCGCUAACGGGUCAUGGGAAGCGUUCGCAUGGGACGGACAGCCCGAGGCUAAUUCGGCAUGGGACAUGCCGGCAGCGGACGAUACCAAAGCCGACUGGGAACUCCUCCUUGUCGAAACAGCUAGCAACCUAGCGAAGCAAAAAGCCGACAUGGCAGGCGGAUUCGACUCCUUGCUCUGGAACGGCAUGUACGACGAAGGGGCUGUGAGGCAGCACAUGAGCGGCGACCAAUCAAGUGGAGGCAGAGCAAGCAGCGUGGUCACACAGGUAGCCCCUGGCAAGGCCGAGAGCCGGGUCCUGGCCUUGCCGGCCCCCGACGGGACAGUCCAACCCAUGGGCCAGCAGGACCUGUUCUCGGUGUCGCUCCCGCAGCCGCUGCCGUACGUGCAGAUGGCGGACGUGGAGAGGAAGCAGCACCUGCUGGUGCAGGAGCAGCAGGUGUGGCAAGGGCAUCAGAUGGGUUCUGGACCUUCUGGUUACUAUGGUCCUGUUCCUGGGAAUAUGGCAAUGCCUUACGAGAUGCCACAAGGAGAGGACCCUAUUACACGGCCUAAUUUGCGUUUUAUCAAUUUUUUUUGACAAUUUUCGUUUCUUCGUUUACACUUGCGGAGGAUCUUCUUUUGUAUCUUUUAAAGGGAAAGUUUUUCUUGUGAAAUUAAGUGUCAUUGCAUCGGAAUGAAGGGAGUGUAAUGUAAUGUAUGCAGCAUUCGUGUAAUCUUGAGUUUUCGUGUUGUAAUAUAUUGGAUGAGUUAAUUAGUUAUUUAGAUUAAA